CCGACUUACACUUCAUACUCGUCGAAAGUAAACCCUAACCCGCCCCAAUUUUGUUAUUUUUCUCACACAAACCACAAUUUUCUCUAUCGCCGAAUUCAUCAGAUCUAGUGUUAGAAAGUCAUGGCCGGAAAAGGAGAGGGUCCAGCGAUCGGGAUCGAUCUUGGCACGACAUACUCGUGCGUCGGCGUCUGGCAGCACGACCGCGUGGAGAUCAUCGCCAAUGACCAGGGCAACAGGACCACUCCGUCUUACGUCGGUUUUACCGACACUGAGAGGCUAAUUGGUGAUGCGGCUAAGAAUCAGGUCGCCAUGAACCCUAUCAACACUGUUUUCGAUGCUAAGAGGUUGAUUGGAAGGAGAUUUAGUGAUGCCUCCGUUCAGAGUGAUAUUAAGUUGUGGCCUUUCAAGGUCAUUCCCGGCCCUGCUGAGAAACCCAUGAUUGUAGUUAGCUACAAGGGUGAGGAUAAGCAAUUUGCAGCUGAGGAGAUCUCUUCUAUGGUUUUGAUGAAAAUGAGGGAGAUUGCAGAGGCAUAUCUUGGUUCUUCUGUGAAGAAUGCCGUGGUCACUGUUCCAGCUUACUUCAAUGAUUCUCAGCGUCAAGCUACCAAGGAUGCUGGUGUAAUUGCUGGCCUUAAUGUGAUGCGUAUUAUUAAUGAGCCUACAGCAGCAGCAAUUGCCUAUGGUCUUGACAAGAAGGCCACAAGUGUUGGUGAGAAGAAUGUCUUAAUUUUUGAUCUUGGGGGUGGAACUUUUGAUGUUUCUCUUCUGACCAUCGAGGAAGGUAUCUUUGAAGUAAAGGCCACUGCUGGUGACACUCACCUUGGAGGUGAAGAUUUUGACAACAGAAUGGUGAACCAUUUUGUUCAGGAAUUCAAGAGGAAGCACAAGAAAGACAUCAAUGGUAACCCAAGGGCUUUGAGGCGAUUGAGAACUGCUUGUGAAAGAGCAAAGAGGACCCUCUCAUCCACUGCUCAGACCACCAUUGAGAUUGACUCCCUCUACGAGGGUGUUGAUUUCUACUCCACUAUUACUCGUGCCAGAUUUGAGGAGCUUAACAUGGACUUGUUCAGGAAGUGCAUGGAACCUGUUGAGAAGUGUUUGAGGGAUGCCAAGAUGGACAAGAGCACUGUUCAUGAUGCUGUUCUUGUUGGUGGCUCCACUAGAAUUCCCAAGGUUCAACAGCUUUUGCAAGAUUUCUUCAAUGGGAAGGAACUCUGCAAGAGCAUCAACCCUGAUGAGGCUGUAGCAUAUGGUGCUGCUGUCCAAGCAGCUAUAUUGAGUGGUGAGGGUAAUGAGAAGGUUCAGGAUCUUUUGCUUCUUGAUGUUACUCCUCUCUCUCUUGGUUUGGAAACAGCGGGUGGUGUCAUGACUGUGUUGAUUCCGAGGAACACUACAAUUCCAACCAAGAAGGAGCAGGUAUUCUCUACCUACUCUGACAACCAGCCUGGUGUCCUGAUCCAAGUAUACGAAGGAGAGAGAACGAGGACCAGGGAUAACAACUUGCUUGGAAAAUUUGAGCUCUCAGGAAUUCCUCCUGCACCGAGAGGUGUUCCCCAGAUUACAGUGUGCUUUGACAUUGAUGCCAACGGCAUUCUGAACGUGUCUGCGGAGGACAAGACUACAGGGCAGAAAAACAAGAUCACAAUUACCAAUGACAAGGGCAGGCUCUCGAAGGAGGACAUUGAGAAGAUGGUCCAGGAGGCCGAGAAGUACAAGUCUGAAGAUGAAGAGCACAAGAAGAAGGUGGAGUCGAAGAAUGCACUGGAGAACUAUGCCUACAACAUGAGGAACACUGUCAAGGAUGAGAAGAUUGGCUCCAAGCUUUCUGAAGCAGACAAGAAGAAGAUUGAGGAUGCUAUUGAGUCGAGCAUUCAGUGGCUAGAUGCUAACCAGCUUGCAGAGUCGGAUGAGUUUGAAGACAAGAUGAAGGAAUUGGAGAGCAUUUGCAACCCAAUCAUAGCCAAGAUGUACCAGGGUGCAGGUGGAGAGUCUGCCAUGGAUGAUGAUGAUGCUCCUGCUCCCAGUGGAGGGGGUGGAGCUGGUCCUAAGAUUGAGGAGGUCGACUAAACACUCCCGCCGCUCUCUUUGGUUUAUUAUCAUAUAUGUUAAUUCAUGUUGAUAGGCUCUUUGGUACCUCAGUGGUACUAAACAUUUAAUAUUUCCUUAUUGCUACCAUGCACACAACUAUGGUUUUGCCUGAAAUAUUUACCUCUGCAUUGCAUAUGAGGUUUCGGUUUUA